AUGGAAGAGAACAAUAGACUGCCUAGCAACCAGGAGUGCUUUAGCACAAAUUCCGCACUAUCAAUGCUAAGAAACAACCCUUUUCUUAAGAUGAUGGUUGAGAAAGACAUUAUUGCUGAGAUGAAGGAAAAGGAUGGUGAUAAGAAUAGCAACCAGAGCUUAAGUUCCACGCCUAUCCGCUCAGCAAUCCAGGAUAAUAACGCUGCAUCCAAUAAUAACCAGGAUGGACAUGAUGAUGUGAAGGGAAGUGACAAGCCAGGAUCUGGGGAUAAAGCUACCUCAGCAGUUGGCCAACAGGACCAGAUACACUCUAUUCCUGAAGUAGAUGAGGACGCUACAGAAUUUCAAAGUACAGUUAAUGCAAGCAGGAGAGAAACUGAGAAAUUUAUGAAUGAUUCAGGCGAAAUACGUAAAAUCAUUGAGAAUAAUCAGCACUUCAAGAAUGCCAUUCUCGAGCUUAAAGAAGAGCUUAAGGGCUCUGAAGAAUUCAGUGAGUUUGAUAAACAGCCUAAGACACCUGAAGAAAACCUGCUAGAUGACACUGAGAUCAACCGUUUUGAACUAGAGUAUAAGAAGCAUAUUAGUGUGACUACGAAGAAGGCUGAGGAGGAAAAAGAGCUAAGACUUCCAAUUCCAGAUCGGAAAAUGUCCCAUGGCGACGCAGAAGCUUAUAAUAGGACCAAUAAUCUCUAUACCCAGAUAGACAAGUACCUUGAGGAGAAUAUCACAGAAGAAGACGUUAAGGAGUUUAAUAAGGAGUUCCAGAUUUACUCAGAUUCCCAAGAGAAAUCUGAUGGGCAUGAAGAGCUAGCCAGAAAAGGGAAUAAGAAGGACGAGAAAGUGCAAGAUUGAAAAGAAGAGGAGAAGGGUGGAGAAAAAUUAAGGAAAAAGAAAGGAAAUAAAGCCCCUCGUGAUUAUAAAACUGCUAGCUCUCCACAAUCUCGUAAAAUUGUCAAAUCUACCAAAAAGUCUAAAAGGCAGAAACCUAAAAAGUGUAAAACUAAACUCAAACAAUCGAAAAAUUCAUCAAACAAAAACCUGAGAAAACUCAAGAAAACGAUCUCUUCACUUACCAAAAGAUCUCCCGGCUUACACUCCCCUAAAACCUCAAAAAAAUCCCCAAAACUCCCCAAAUCCUCCAAACCCAAGAAAUUCCACAUCUCCCAAUCAGUCCAGCGCCUGCCCCAACUCAGCACCCUCCUCAAAAUCCCCGAGCAGGGCAUUUCCAAAUCCCGAAACCCCCACAACCAGACCCUCCUCAACUUCUUCAACUCCCACAGACCCAAAACCGACAAAAUCAGUAAUAUGCUCAUGAAGAACGCGAGCAAGACCCAUCGCAGCACUAAGAAGAAGACCCAACAUAUAGGAGAGCACCUGUUUAAUUACAGUCGUGUGCUGAGUGAAGAACGGAAUAAGAGGUUUGUAGAGAAGAGGAUUAGGGAUGAGGUCAGGAAGAAUCAGCAGUGCACGUUCAGGCCGAGGAAGGUGGCAGGAGGGGUCUGUAGUAGGAGUUAUGUAUCAUUCAACUGCCCCGCCACAUCCAUCCAUUCCAGCCAAAAGAAGAAGCAACAAAUGACGCUCAAAAGACUAGAGGACUGGGUUAAUUAUAAGGAGAAAUAAGAUCAGAGCGAUGAAGGAGUUAUCGGAAAUGGAGUUUAAAGAUACACAUACGUUUAGACCCAAAGUAAAGAGGAUGAACAGGUCUAGGAGCAGUAAGGCCAUGAGAAAGCUUUCAAGUUCAGGCACUUUGGGUAAAGGUCAGAGCGGUAAAAUGUUGGCUCAGAAUAGCUAUUCGGAACUUGGCCUCAAGUAUUUUCAAAGCAAGCUUAGAAUGAUGAGUGAUAAAGACUUUGAACUAUAAAUCAGAAGGAAUCAUAAUGAUAAAUUUUCAAUA